GUGAUUUAUGAAGACUCAUGUUCUUUUUUAAUUGAGUGAUGUAUUUGUGGUGCUGUGAAGGAAUGAAUAUAUUUAGUUGAGAGAUCAUACGAAAAUGUACUGAGACCAACAAAAUGGAUUCCCCGGUCUCCUCCCAAGACAACGAUAUAGAAGUUAACGUAGUUUCCGGCGCGAGUAGCCCGGAUAUCCCCUCCUCACCCUCCAGAAAAGACCAGAGCUACUACGAUCUUAAGAAGGACAAAGAAGAAAAGGCAACCGGAAGUGCACCAUAUACCAGCUUCUCAAUAAGUUCCAUACUAAACAGAACGGAGCCUAGAAGGGAUUCGAAUGUUCUAGAAGCGGCACUUGCUGCGAAUCAUUUCGGGAAUGCCAACGACGCUAUGCUGUCAAGAUUGGGACUCAUAUCUCAGUGGAGCGCGCUAGCUGGCCGGUACGGAGGCCUCGUGCCCGCGCCUUGGUACUGGCAGAGGCCUCACGAAAGGACUCCACCCAGAGAGGACUCGACGACUAACGAAGAAGGUUCAGCAGCAGGUUCCCCAAGACUGCGUAGUCCUCCAAGAGCACCUUCUCCACCAUCGCCGUCUCGCUCUUCCCCGCGCUCUCCGCGCCUACAUCCCGCUCUAUACCCCCAGCAGCAAGACCCACAGGAUUCAGACCCAGAUGUCGACGAAUCCGACGACUUCGAUAAGGACGAAAAGAGAGACCCUAACACAAGCUUAGGAAAGAGAAAGAAGAAGACCAGAACAGUCUUCUCCCGAUCACAAGUGUUCCAAUUGGAGUCGACUUUCGACAUGAAACGUUACCUGAGCAGUUCAGAGCGCGCUGGUCUGGCUGCGAGUCUGCAUUUAACUGAAACCCAGGUUAAGAUAUGGUUCCAGAACCGGCGCAAUAAGUGGAAGAGGCAGUUGGCUGCGGAGUUAGAAGCUGCGAACAUGGCGCAUGCGGCUCAAAGGUUGGUGAGAGUACCGAUUCUGUAUCACGAGUCGAGACCGACCUCGAUGCCUCACACUCCGUUGGCGAUGCAUCCACAGUUUUCAAACGAUACUGGGGUGUAUUUUCCCCCUCAAGCGCCACAGCAGCUGCAACAGCUUCCAGCGUCCCCGGUAACUUCUAGAGCGCCGCUGUCUAGUUUGGUAUAG